AUGGCAUUCAACCCUAACUUCGUCAUGGAUGCUCCUGAAAGCUCAGCUGCGAUGCCGAGCCGUCACCACAAUGACGACGAUGAUCUCGACCCGUUGCAGACCACCGGCUUCCGAAGCAAACCAAGAGAAUCAGUCCAAUCACAAAAGGACAAUCCGCUGGUUCAAGAUUCAGAAUUCUCCCCAGCAGGUGGAGGAUCUUUUCAGCGCAGGUUCCCGGCGUUGGAGAUGUGGCAGACAACCAAAUUUGCAGACAAGCGGGAGCGGGCUCAAUCGAUCCCAAGCAGAGCUUGGAUACCGCUGAUGGACAGCCUCAUAGAAGAAGAGGAGGACGAGGCGUCGGAUUCGUCUAGUUUCCAGAACGACUCGUCUCCAACCGAGAGCGAAGGGGAAGUAGACACCCGACUGGAGAGCCUGCGUCACAAGCCUUGCGUGCCCGACAAGAAAAGAUUUCGAAAACUCAUAAGAUUAAAUAAACACUGUACAGGAACGUGCAGGGCGCAAAGAGAUGGCCGGCUAAGCAUCUCGGUGCACGAAACCCAGGGGACAGGAUACAUGGCGAAUGCCAUGGGCGCCGUGACACACAGCAUGCGUCCCAAGAAGAGAGCCACUGUUCCGAUGAAAGCUAUACCAGCGCUUCAUCAGAUUCCUAAAAAGGUCAGCAUUCUCAUCAUGGUGGUUGGGUCCCGCGGUGACGUCCAGCCGUUCCUGCGAAUAGGCAAAUACCUCAAGGAGGUGUUCCACCACCGCGUUCGCAUCGCCACGCACCCGGUCUUCCGAGAGAUCGUACAAGAGGCCGGACUGGAAUUCUUCUCGGUGGGCGGCGACCCCUCGGAACUGAUGGAGUUCAUGGUGAAAAAUCCCGGCCUGGUCCCGACCCUUCAGACGUUGAGAGCCGGUGAAAUCGGAAGACGUCGAGCAGCAAUGGCUGUCAUGUUUGACGGGUUUUGGCGAGCUUGCAUCCAUGGCACCGAGGACGAGGAGACGAGCCUAAGAGCCGAUGCCAUGGAGGGAAGAGAAGAUAUCUUUAUUGCAGAUGCCAUCAUAGCCAACCCGCCCAGCUUUGCACACAUCCACUGCGCCGAAGCUCUUGGGAUCCCGCUCCAUUUGGUCUUCACCUUUCCCUACACGCCGACUCAGGCAUUCCCGCACCCCCUGGCUAUUAUCAAGGGCGGCAACAAGUCUGGGAGUGACAAAGGAUAUGCAAACUUCAUGUCAUAUCCCCUUGUUGAAACGAUGACGUGGCAAGGCUUAGGUGACCUAAUCAACGACUUCCGCGUGCAGAAGCUGUCCCUAGACGCCGUGUCUACUUUCUGGGCUCCGUACGCAAUACAUCGAAUGCAUAUUCCGUUUACAUACUUGUGGUCGCCAGCCCUGAUCCCAAAGCCUGCAGACUGGGGUGAGGAAAUCAACAUCUCUGGGUUUGUGUUUCUCGAUCUAGCAUCAACGUUUGAGCCGCCUCAGGCACUGGUGGACUUCCUAAAUGCCGGAGAGCCACCAAUCUAUAUAGGAUUCGGGUCUAUCGUGGUGGAAAAUGCAAAUGCCUUCACAAGGAUGAUAUUUGAUGCCGUUAAAAAGGCCGGUGUUCGGGCUCUCGUUUCAAGGGGUUGGGGUGGCCUGGGUCAAGACGACGUGCCGGACGACAUCUUCAUGCUGGACAAUAUACCGCACGACUGGUUAUUCCCGAAGUACUUUUGGGGCAGCAUAGUAGCCAAGUCUGGUGCUGGCCCGCAGCCCAUACCAUGCAAGCAUCUUAACGCGGAUAAGUUGGCUGAUGGGAUUCGAUAUCUUCUCACCACAGAAGCCCAGGCGGCGGCAGGCAAGAUUGCAGAGUCCAUUAGACGUGACGGGGACGGUGCCGUAAACACAAUGGAGAGUUUCCAGAAGCAGCUCCAAUUGUACGGUCCUCCUACCUUUAGCUGCUCAAUAAUCAAGUCGGACGUCGCCGUGUGGGAGGUUAGGGGCACGCAUAUUAAACUGUGCGUGCUUGCCGCGGCAAUCCUAGUAGAUAGCGGUCAACUCUGCUGGAAGAAGCUACGUCUGCUGCGACACUCGGCGUGGAGCGACUUUGUAGGACCCGGCGAGCCCGUAACGGCUGUAGCUGAAUCAGUUAAAAACUCCCUGAGAGAUAUGUUUAGCGGUAUUGCGGGCGCGCCGUAUCGUGUUGGGAAGACAGCCAAACGAAGGAUACGGCACCAGCUGCGAGAAAGGAGAGACAAGAAGAACAGAGAUAAUAGACUGCCAUCGUCAUCGAAUACUUCAGUCGAGAAGGCGAGCGUGGCUGCAAAAAAGCAGAACAAGACGCGAAAGCUAUCGCUCACUCCGGUGCCAAGCGUGAGGCAGUACGGCAAGGAUAUUUCGACAAGUAUGCGUAAAACAGGGUUGGCUGUCGUGAGGGCUCCCGCACUCUGUAUCGUUGCUCUUGCUCAGGGCCUUCACAAUGCCCCGCGACUAUAUGGUGAUGAUACCGUCAGACGAUUGACGAGGGUAACUGGCAUUCGCUCCGGACUGUUAGCUUCGCGCAGGGAGUUUAUAUGGGGGAUUUAUGAUGGCGUUACGGGAGUUAUUCGUCUUCCAAUUCAGGGCGCCAAGAAUGAAGGCGUAGUUGGGUUUGUCAAAGGCGCCGGCAUGGGCAUGGGCGGCUUGGUGUUGAAACCCAUCUCUGCUAUAGUAGGUCCCUUUGGGUGCACCAUGCAAGGGCUCAUGCAGCAGAUACAACGUCGACGUAGUCCGGUCAAGUUUGUUCGCCUCGCGCGUAUUGCUGAGGGUCAGCGAGAGUUGGCGAAUUUGCAGGCGGCUGAGGCUGAGACGGUCAGGCAACAAGUGUUGGCAGGCUGGCAGGUCUUGGAUAAGUUGAGCCAGGCGGUUGCAAGCGCGCAGGGCUACUUUUUCGGCAAAGUCGACAAAACUGAGUUCAUGUUUAUGAACGUGGAUAAAGCCAAGGCGUGUCUGGAUGAUUUAUGCUCUGGGAAGAGUCUUCGGCAGGUUAUGGAUACGUACAAGUCGUGGAACGUCAAGCCGCAUGAUCCAGCCGCAAGACCAGGAACAUCUCGCAGCACGAGAUCAUAG